GGCACCUAGAGGGGCACCCAGGGCACCCUGCAAUGCGUGUGCGUGUGCGUGGAGCGGUCUCUCAGCGUAUCUAAGCGGUGGGAGGCAAACGGCGGAGUCGGCAAGUCACUCGUCGCGGCAUCGCCGGCAUCGCCUGGCACGGCACACUGAUUCUGGAAAACGGCCGAGCUUGGGCUAGUUCGCGUAUCAUCCGAAUGGUCCGGAGACUUCCGCCAGGGAAGUACCACUCGGGGCGUCGCGCUCCGCCUGACUCUGGCCGCGACACGACGAGACACAACUCGCCCGGCACACUCCGGAUUGGCUCCUCGCUCCGUGAGACAAACCGUGAGGUUGUUAUCCUGCCGCUUUAAGGGAAAACGGUCCACAUCUCGGCAGUUCAAUGUCGGCUCACGACAGCACUAAGUAGCCACUAAAUCAAGUUACCUGUACAAGUGUGCCGCUUUUCUCGUCACCAAGCAGAGCACCAGUGCACCAGCACAACCAUGGGUAUUCUCAGUAAAUACCAAACUAUAGACGCGACGUGCAUGGAAUAUGUCCAUCCAUGGACGCAGUCCUGUGCCGAUGGAUCAUGUUCUCUAUUUUUCCACGCCGUUCAACACUCUGGACGUCUUUACUUCACUGUUUAUAUGUUGAGUUUGCUGAUGCAUCGGAGAGUUCCAAGUCUUCAGAAAUUAAAGAACACUUUUCUUGGAAUUUUACAGUCAACAGCAUUUUUGACAGCUAAUGCUUUUGGAUAUUCUUUAUCUCUCUGUUUCCUCAGAGCCAUCAUGGGAAAUUUCAAUUUCCUGACUAUAUCAUUUGUCCCAUCAUUCAUGGCUAGUCUGGUAGCUAUUUUAGUUGAAAGGCCAUCUCGACGUAAUCUCCUUACUCUUUAUGUUACUAAUGUGGCAUCAGAAACUUUGUUUCGAAUGGCAGUAUGGAGAAAAAUUGUUCGUCCCAUUCCUUAUGGAGAUGUUAUUAUUUUUGCAUCCUCUAUUGCUGCAAUUUUACAUAUGUAUCGCAGUGAACAUGGUAGCAAAGAUUCCAUAUUCUCUAUGCUGAGGGUAGCCAUUGGUCCUCAUGAAGAAUAUAGCGCCACUGGCACAGGCCGGGACACUCCUCCUGUCCCAUCAAACCGUCCUCACAAACCAAAAGGACCAUUGUUUGAGUGCUUGGAAUCUUUUCUGGCUCCUUAUUAUUGUUUGAUGAAUAAGUUAAAGAGACAUUCAACAUGUCCUCAUCCUUCAUCAUGUGUUGGUUAUUCUGUUAAGGGGGGCCUAAAAAUGUUUGCUGUAGGGUAUGGGCUGCAGUUCUGCAUGAGAGUUCUAUUAAGAGCAAAACGAUUGAUGAAAAAUCCAUCUCAAAUUCCUGGAAUGUUAAUAGAUAAGAAAAUGCUCAGUCUUGGUCUGUUUUUGGGAGGAUUUCCUGCUAUAUUCAGAACAGUAUCUUGUGCUCUCCGAUGGAUUCGGAACACUGAUUCUCCUGCGCAUGCCAUUCCAGCUGGACUAUUGGCUGGAUUAGCUUUUGUGAGCUACAGAGAUAACUCUGUUGCUCUUUAUGCCUUCUGGAAAUUAAUGGAGAUCUUGUAUGCUCGCGCCGUGUCUCGCGGUCUGCUUCCCCAACUGCCUGGAGCAGGAGUCUUACUGUACUGCACCUCAACUGCUCUGCUUUUCCAUGCUGCCAUCUGGGAGCCUCAGAAUCUGCGGCCAUCAUAUUGGGACUUUUUACAUGGAAUAUCUGGAGGAAGACUUGCCUGUAUGGACAGAGAUGUUCUUGAAGUUUUUGGACUGGAGACACGGAAGAACUUGACUGCUCUUCUGAUGAAAAACAAGACUGAUCUGACCAAGUUGAAAUUUUAGUUCAACUCCAUUUUCAAGUGUACAGACAGUGCCAUUCUGUUAACAUCCUGAAACUUUUUUAUUCUCUCUGUUUUCCUCAACUUGUCACAGUUGACCGUAAUGUCCUGUUUAUUGGUCCAGUAUUGUAAGAAUCUUAAGAGUUGUAUGAAUCUUUAUUUUUAUAUGACGUAGAACGUCGAAAAACGUUACUCCCACAGGGUCACUAUUUAUGAAUAGUUCUGUAAUCUUGUCAUUAGGUUUUUAAACUGUGAAUUCAGCAGGAUAGUGUUCUUUUCAUUUUCAGAGAUAAAUUGAUUAGAACCAUCAGUUCACUUAAAAUAAAAUCAAUUUUUGUGAUUGGAGAAACAAAAUAGCAAGUUCACAAUUUUAUUUUGAAGACAUUGAAUGAUAUUAAUGAGAGUACUUUGGUUUGCUUUGUUACCUUUAAUUUAACUUUUGUGAAUGUUUCUUUUUGGGGUCUUAACACUGGCGUUAACAGAGGUUGCACAUGUUGAAAAUUGUUUUUUCACAGACUCUCGCAGACUUAAGAUUAAGAGAAAACACCAGUUUUUCAUUGUUGAAAAAUGCGCCUAUUAUUAUGAGAUACCCUGGCUUAACAGUGUAUUUCUUCUGAUGUGCAUUCUGCAUUAAUUUUUAAAACAUUUACAAUUGAUACCAAUGAUGAGAAUCAUUAACAAACUACAAAGUAAAAACUGUGAUCACUGAGUGACAUCACUCAAGUCUCUGCUGUAUCCUUGUUGAAGAAUGUGAGAUUUUUUUUUAUUUUACAAAUAAUUAUAAAGUAAGCAGAGGUACAGAGUGCCUCUUAAUGGCUAAUAGCUGAUGCUACAAUUUCUUUUUAUAAACCUGUGCCUGGGACCCAAUGUGUCUCUUAAAUUUAUAUCGCUGGAUUUUAGGCAGAACCUCUUUUGCCAGAGUCAGAUUUUUUUUUACUAUUAUUUUGAUUAGUUAUACUUUUGUAAGGAGGCACUCUGUAUUUAUGUGUGUUCUAUCUUUUACUGUACAUGGGAGUCAGUGAGUGAUAAAUCCAAAUGGAAACUGUUAGUACUUAGGUAAAUAUUAUGUGGAAUCGGGGAAGAUUGUAAGAAUGAGUUCGAUUGGCCAGUGUUCAGACUUUUGUCAAUUUGCUUUUUUCUGUGAGUCCUUGAACAAUUAUUAUUUACAUCACACAGCUAAAGGAUGUUGCUUUAUGGGUAAGGUAUAAAGAAAGAUUUUAAUUUAUGGGGGUCAUCAAAAAACAUUUGUCUAUAUUAAGUUUUGAUUCUGCUUUUAUAUACUCAAAGAGGUACAGGUUCAGGUCUAAUGCAGAGGGUACACUAUAAGGAAGAGAUUUUUUUCCCAUGUGCAUCAAUUUGACGCAUGUGAUUGAUUGAACUGGUAUUAUCUGUAUCAAGUUUUAUUAUUAUAUAUUUUUUAUGACAACUCAAAUCAAGCUUUCCUACUAGCCUUUACUGGAAGUUCGCUCGCAAUUGUUUGUUACACUUUUUAAAUUGCGAGACGCACUGGUGAAUAGGCUAAUUACUCUCUGUACCUAUCACAUUAUAUUACACUAUAUUCGUGCAGUGUUAAUAUAAUGUGAAUUUUUUUAGCCCUGCUUUCAUUUGCUUGUAGUGCAUUCGACCAUAGCGCUCUUUUUAUUGUGGGAAUUCAUACCUAUGGUCAUACUGUGAUAAUAAAUACACGUUAUGCUUGUA